AUGCCAGUUUAUGAUGAAGAGUGUGGAAUAUUUUGUGUUAGCUCCAAUUUUGGUCCUUAUUUAUAAGAAAAAAACAUGUAUUAAACCAUCUCAAUCAUUGUGUUGGUUAGGCUUGGAUCACAAAGAGACCAUUGUUGUUGUUUCAGUCAAGUGACCCGCAGAGCCCAUAAGCCUCUUUCUGAUCAUAGAAAGCUGCAGCACUCUGGGCGUCUCUGACCAAACCAGUAUCAUCACUGACACUGGACUUGUUAAAUAUAACCAAAAAAGUAAACAACUGAAAUAUUAAUAAAUACUUGACCAAAUGGAUUACUGUGAUGAUAAGAAAUGCAGAGAAGAGAAGCCAUAAUACAAAUAUACAAAUUUGACCUGAAUGCUGGUGUGGACUUAGACCUUAGACCUGGUUAAAAUAAAAUAAAAUAAAAAAUAACAAAACAAAACGAAACAACACAACACAACACAACACAAAAAAAUUAAAUUAAAUUAAAUUAAAACAAAACAACACAAAAUAAUAAAAUAAAAUAAAAUAAAAAAUGAUGGUCAUUGUUUUAAAUAACUCUCAAAAACUCUUUAAUUUAAUGUUUUACUUAAACAAAAAAGAACACAUUUUUACAGUUACAAUUCCACUUAUUUUCUUCAUUGUUCGUCUCCUGUAGCCCAUGAAACCCCGCCCCGUGUGCGGUCACGUGGCAAUUCGUAGUAACUGAUAUUUUUUAUCUAGAUAUUUUUAAUUGUAUUUGCUUAUUUUACUUUAUUUCAGCAUAGAACUUGUCUGUAUAUUUGCUUCCAUAAUGAAAACCUGUGCGCCACAACGCUCCGCCCCGUGUCCUGUCACGUGACCUGUGCUGGCUUGGUAACAGAGAAAGCGUCGCUCGCUCGCAAGAUGAACCGCUAGCAGGCAGCCGCGAAAGAUUUAGAGCCAAAAGAAUCACGAUGCGUGAGAAACCCCGUUUCAUUUACUUUUUAACAUGUUCUACAUUAGUGCACACUCGUGCGAGGGGUUCACAAUAACGGUUGCGUACUAACUGGACGUUCAGAUGAGCGCUCUUCUGCUGUAAGCAUGAGAAAGAUCCUGAAAGAGGAUAGAAGAGGGCCUGCGCAUGGAGAGAUGAGUAAGACAGACUGAGGUUUUCCUCUCAUGAGGCUUGUGCACGGAAAAGCACACCUGUUACAAGCAUGGGAAAACUACAAAGCAAGUUGGGUCGGCGCUCUGACCUGUACAGGACCAAAGAGGGGUCGGAAACUGCGCCUGUACCCCAGGUAGUACAGUAUGAGCCUGCCCACACUGACUCUAUCAACUGUGUCAUCAGCCUGACCUCUGACCUCUGUGCGUCAGGGGGCAAAGACAUGGAUGUUGUUGUGUAUGACUGGAGAGCUGGGAAACUGUGUAGAUCCUUUCAAGGCCACAGCAGAGAAGUUACUAAGUUAUGUAGUUUUAGAGGUAAAACCUGGAUCUUCAGCGCAUCUCGUGAUAAAACGGUUCGGAUGUGGGAUUUGGGUCGAGAGCAAGAAGCCAUCCAGGAGUUCUCAGGCCAUGAGCUGGUAGUUAAUGGAAUAGCAGUCAGCCCAGAUGGCUCACAGCUGUGCACGGGGUCUCGGGAUAACUCCUUGUGCCUCUGGGACAUCGAGUCAGGGAAAUGUCUGCAGAGAAACACCAUCUCACGUAACCUGGUGACUCAUUUAUGCUGGGUGCCAGACAGCACAUCUAUAGUCCAAACCUCAGAAGACAAAACUACCAGGGUGUGGGACAGUCGGACCUGGCAGGUCACUAACACGUUUCCAGCGAAGCAGUAUAUCCAGACGCACUGUGACAUCAGUCCUAACUGUUACCACCUGCUGUCCACCAGCAACGGUUUCGGCGGGCAGGGUUGCGAAGCCACUCUGUGGGACCUCCGGCAGCCGGGCUGUAAGGUGACUGAAUACAGAGGACACCUGCAGACCACAGCGUGUUGUGUGUUUUUGCCCCCACGCUCCGGAUGUCCUGCCCUUGUGGCGUCAUCGUCAUACGACAGCUCGGUGAAAAUAUGGGAUCAGAACACUGCAGAAUGUUUAUCCACAUUAACGUUGGACGGUUCGGGCCCUUUGGUGUCUCUGGCUCCGUGUGAUUCCAGUAGUCUUCUGUGUGCCAGCUUUAACACUGGACUUCACCAGCUUCAUCUGGAUCAUGGAGCGACGCCCAACCUCACUGAAGUGGCUCGCUUUUAAUUCAUAUCUGCA